GGCAAGAUGGCGGCGGCGGCUGAGGAGCCGGAGCUGAGCCUGGGGCUCCUGCCCACCGACCCCCUGCUCCUCAUCUUCUCCUUCUUGGACUACCGGGACCUGAUCAGCUGCUGCUAUGUUAGUCGAAGAUUGAACCAGCUAUCAAGUCAUGAUCCACUGUGGAGAAGACACUGCAAGAAAUAUUGGCUUUUAUCUGAGGCAGACAAAACUCAGAAGAAUCAGAGUUGGAAAUCUCUCUUCAUUGAUACUUAUUCUGACCUGGGAAGAUAUAUUCAACAUUAUGGUGCCCUUAAAAAAGCUUGGGACGAUCUUGAAAGAUACUUGGCACAGAGGUGCCCCCGGAUGAUUUUAUCUCUGAAAGAUAGUGUUCAGGAAGAAGACCUAGAUGCCGUGGAAGCUCAGAUCGGUUGCCAGCUUCCUAAUGAUUAUCGGUGUUCAUUUCGAAUUCAUAAUGGACAGAAGCUAGUGGUUCCUGGGUUGAUGGGAAGUAUGGCACUAUCCAAUCAUUAUCGUUCAGAAGAUUUGUUGGACAUUGACACGGCAGCUGGAGGUUUCCAACAGAGGCAAGGGCUAAAACAAUGUCUUCCUUUAACUUUUUGCAUACACACUGGUCUGAGUCAGUACAUGGCCCUGGAAAGCGUGGAAGGACGAAAUCAGUAUGAGAUUUUUUACCAGUGCCCAGACCAGAUGGCUCGAAAUCCAUCUGCUAUUGACAUGUUUAUUACAGGUGCUUCCUAUUCUGAAUGGUUUACCUCUUAUGUCCACAAUGUUGUAACAGGUGGUUAUCCUAUCAUAAGAGACCAGAUUUUCAGGUAUGUUCAUGAUAAAGAAUGUGUAUCAACCACUGGAGAUAUUACUGUUUCUGUUUCUACGUCAUUUCUACCAGAGCUUAGUUCAGUACACCCACCUCACUAUUUCUUCACUUAUAGAAUCAGAAUUGAAAUGUCAAAGGAUGCACUUCCUGAGAAGGCUUGCCAGUUAGACAGUCGAUAUUGGAGAAUAACAAAUGCUAAAGGUGAUGUAGAAGAAGUUCAAGGGCCUGGAGUGGUUGGAGAGUUUCCGAUAAUCAGCCCAGGUAGAGUGUAUGAAUAUACCAGCUGUACCACCUUUUCCACUACUUCAGGGUAUAUGGAAGGACAUUAUACUUUCCAUUUUCUCUACUACAAGGACAAGAUCUUUAAUGUCACCAUUCCCAGAUUCCAUAUGGUAUGUCCAACAUUCAAAGUGUCUACAACCCGCAUGGAAACAAAUCACAAUGAAUAUGCAGUGAUGGAAGAGGAUGAAGAUUUCACAGAUAACGAUGAGUAUGAAGAUAGGCGGAGAGUCUUAGAUAUCCCUGCCCCGACUGGCCGCUGCCCACGACAUACCUGAGCAAACUUUACAGCUGUUUGUGAAGCAUGGGAAAGAGCUGACUUAUUAACUAGAUUACAGAAUAAUUUGCAGACAUGAACUAUGGGUUACAAAGCAAAACAACUAGCCCCAAACAGGCUGCAGUUCUCAUUUCUUUAAGACUGUAAUUUUUAAAGAUUGCUUUUAGUUGGCUGAUCUUAUUUUUUGCAGGACAGAGGAAGAAAGCUUUUGUUUUCUUUUUCAGUCUUCCUUUCUCCUCCAACUUAAGUGGGAAAUGGCUCUUUAAGGAGCUGCUGAUACUGUUACCUUACAUUUAGAAGAAUUUCUUGUUUUUUUAAUAUCACAGAAUGGUGUGGGGAUUGAUUUUAGCCAAGCAUUUAAAAUGUACUAGCAAUAGCUAUAAAAAGAGACAAGGGAAAAAUAAUAACAAUCAUUCUCUAAUUGUGGAAUAUUUUAUUUCAGUUGUGAAUCAUUUGUAAAUGCCUGAACAUUGUACUUAGAGCCAUUUAGGGAUUCCUCAAUAUUUUGUUUUAUUAAAAUAAAAACAAAAAUAAAAUAAAACAGGCAGAGCCUUGUGACUGGUUCACAGAGACAAUCUGCCCUUGAAAUUGCUGUACCUUUUAACAUCGUCAUCACAGAUAAAGAAUAGUGGAAUGUAGUGUUAAAGAGUUGAGUACUAGCAAAAGCAGUCUUCACAAUGAAAAUAUAAAUUUGUAAAUAAUAUUUCAGAUAUUUUAUCCUAUAUGCACUGUUUAUUGUUUAACUUUGUGAGAAGUGACAGAAACCUUAUGUUAAGAUUGUCUGUUUUCCCAAUACUGACCUGUUUGGGUUUUUUUGUAAUUCUAUCUAAUUCACAAUUUCAGGGUGAAAUUAACCACAUGACUAUAAUACAUAUUUUUAAAAAUU